AUGAUGGGAGCUCGACAAUCGACGACGUCACAUCAUGACACUUUCCAAGUGUCGCCAUCAUCGGAAGCAUGCUCCACAAGUUCGUCAGCAUAUCAACGCGGUGCCAAUAGUUCUCUCAAUUCUUCAUCAUUAGCGUCGGGAUCACAUCAUCACUCUGGCUCCUCGUCAUCACGGCCUGUAACACUAACGCGUGAAAGAAAAACGUAUGCAGCAGCUGCCGGAAGAUCAGCGCCUAUGCGCAGUUUGUCUCCAGCUCAUCCGAGUGCAGUGAUGAGCGGUAUGGACGAUCUUUUGCGGCCGGAACGAUUUGACCGUAUAAUGCACAUGUCUCCACCUGCCCAAUACAUUCAAGAGCAACACUCGUGGAAUCCCGAAGAUCGAUCGUUGAAUAUUUUUGUUAAAGAUGAAGACAAAUUCACAUUCCAUCGUCAUCCAGUCGCACAGAGCACCGAUUGUAUUCGUGGAAAAAUAGGCUACAGUCGCGGGUUCCAUGUAUGGCAGAUCGAGUGGCCAGAACGUCAACGAGGAACACAUGCUGUUGUUGGGGUUGCGACGAAAACAGCACCAUUGCACGCGACUGGUUACACGGCGUUGAUAGGAACAACGAACGAAAGUUACGGAUGGGAUAUCACACGACGAGAAUGCCAUCAUGAUUCAAAGAACACCAUGACGUGGAGGUAUCCAUUCAGUAAUAGCCGCGAAGUUUCUACUGUAUUCUGGACAUGGAUGAAGGAUAUAUGGCAUUCGCCACUGAUGACGAAUUCCUCGGAUGGCGCCGUAUGGGGACACUGCGAAAUCAGCAUGCGCUAUCUUGGAUCUCUUGAACGUGAGCUUAUUUCUUUCGAUUCUCCACCAUCAACUCCACGACGUCAACCACUGAGACCACCACUUCCACACCACCACAGCAGUCGCUAUCCCUCCCCGCCACGUUCACUUUUUCAUUCGCCAGUUUAUAAACCCCCGCCUAGAAGUAGACAUCCUUCUGAUUCCCCUGCUGCACUAAGAGCAGCCGCUGCGGAAUCACCCGCUCUACCGUUCUCCCCCUUUUCCGAUCUUGCAAAAAUAUUCUCAUUUUACGACCUACAGGCUGGUGGAACAUCAAGCUCUUCUAGUUCAUAUUCCCUUUUUGAACCACCAGCCGAAUGGCAGAAAUUCGACGAGGAGUGUGUUAGUAAUGACUCUCCACGACGUAAUCCUUCUCUAGAUGUCCCACUUCUGUUGGAUGAGACUCCCAGCGCAUCUUCCUCACCAUAUCUCUAUCUUCCGGCCCCACCAUCAGUUAAAGCACCAAGUGAACUUUUUGGCCCGCCAUUAACACCGGGUGGCUCGAAAAUGCAAACUGAUGAGCAAGCUGAGCCUCUAUCAUUGUCCGAAUUGUGUCGACGCCGAGUACGCAUUCAACUGGGACCACAACCCGAAGAAAGCAUCGAAGAGCUGACGAUUCCGCCGAUUCUGAAACGAUACCUGAUGUACCAGUAUUGA